AUGGAGGACGAUGUCAGGGCCGUGGGAGGAGGCUCUGCUCUGUCUCUGCAUCAGGAGCUGAGGCUGAGGAGGUCUGGACAGGGUCUGGAGAAGGAGGAGGAGGAGGAGAGGGAGGAGGAGGAGAGGGAGGAGGAGGAGAGGGAGGAGGAGGAGGAGGAGGAGGAGGAGGAGGAGAGGGAGGAGGAGAGGGAGGAGGAGGAGGAGGAGAGGGAGGAGGAGAGGGCGAAGGAAAGGGAGAAGGAGAGGGAGGAGGAGAGGGAGGAGGAGGAGGAGGAGGAGAGGGAGGAGGAGGAGAGGGAGGAGGAGAGGGAGGAGGAGGAGGGAAGGGGCGAAGGAGAGGGAGGAGGAGAGGGAGGAGGAGGAGGAGGAGAGGGAGGAGGAGGAGAGGGCGAAGGAGAGGGAGGAGGAGGAGGGAGGGAAGGGGCGAAGGAGAGGGAGGAGGAGAGGGAGGAGGAGGAGGAGGAGGAGGAGAGGGAGGAGGAGGAGGAGGAGAGGGCGAAGGAGAGGGAGGAGGAGGAGAGGGUAGAGGAGGAGAGGGAGGAGGAGGAGGAGAGGGUAGAGGAGGAGAGGGAGGAGGAGUUGUCUGCCUCAUUAGCCUCAUCUCUGACCUCUCACUGCGGUAAUGCCCUUCUGACGGAUCACUAA